CCAGGCGAGGAUCGCCAUUGAUUGUGCAUUGAAAUGAAAAUGCAUCUGUAGGUGGCAGCACAGCACCACUAAAACCUGAUUUCUGCGCGUAACCUUUGGCCAGCCUGUACUGCUGUUCCGGAGUAUGGGAGACAGUCUGUGGGAAGUCAUUUAAUCUAACAUGGAGGAAGACGAAACAACGCCAACAUGUCGCCUUUUGUCAUUGCCAUGGGAGGACGUAUUGGUUGCCCAUAUUUUAUCCUAUUUACCUUUAAAACAGCUUUUCGCCUUGCAAAGAGUCAGCAAGCGGUUCUGCGAGCUCAUCAGGCUCUUUUUUAGCAAAUGCACAACUUUUGAGCUAGUUGAACAAUGUGUUCCAAAAGUGGCCUUUUGCACGUUAGUGAAGGAUAACAAUGUUCUCUGCAAGCUGUCACUUGAGAGUUGCUCCUCCUGGCUAACGAACAGUGACCUGCUGCCUGUCAUCAGCCGGAAACAGCGUCUGCAGACACUUGACUUGAGCGGCUGCAAUGGCUUGACACACCACACCCUGGUUGCCAUAUCUUUGACCUGCAUACAUCUGCGGCACCUCGCUGUGGCCCGUUGCGACUACGUGGAUGGCCCGUCUCUGCGCAGCCUGGCCGACCAUUGUCGGGAGCUGCGAUCGCUCGACCUCGGCGGUUGCUGCCGGCUAACAGACGACACCAUCUGCUACCUGGCCAAAAAGUGUGUACGUUUAACCUUUCUGUCUUUGGCUGUCAAUGAAAAUAUCACGGAUGAGUCAGUGGAGGAUGUGGCCAAGAACUGCAGGGGCCUCGAGCAUCUGGACCUCAGCUGAUGCCUGCGGGUCAGGGACAUGGCCAUAAGGACAGUUGCAGAGUACUGCCCCAAGCUGCAGUCAUUGAAGGUGAAACACUGCCAUCAUGUGACUGAGUCCAGUCUGGAACUAUUACGCAAGCGCAACGUGCUGGUGGACGUUCAUCCGCCACCAGGGAGGGAGCGGCUUUCACUUGCAGUGCACUGUGGUCCUUAUGUCAAUAUCCAGUUCUUGUCUGCCAGGCGCCUUUCUCCAGGGCAGAGCGCCGACCUGCUGAGAGCACACAUGAGUGGUCCACCAUAGGGCUGGGAUCCCUUGAAACAUCACCCAUACCCCUGUAAAGCCUCACCCCCCGCCACCAUCCCACCUGCUGACGUUGCAUCCAUCUUGCCGUGUGUUGGCACUGCGCAGCAGCAGUUCGCCUUCCCUCUGGAGCCUGUAGACCAUCACGCUCCGAUUAGAGGAAAUUUGUACCUCAAUAUUGUCAACCUCCCGCUUUUCCUGCCUGCGCCUGCACAGAAGGCAGAGGCAGACAUUUGGGCGGUGGCCCAGCCUUCCUGACCACAUGUGUGGAGCUCGACCCCCCGCCGCCACUCCUUUCCAGCUUUAUCGCCUGCCGACUGAUGGGACAAAUGCCGGGUGGCGGAAAAUAAACUUAUCUCAUUUGGAUGACAACACGUUGCCUCAGGUUGUAAUGUUGCACCAUUCUCGGCGAGGCGGAUGGGGUCAAUUGUACGUUUCCAGCUCAACCAGGGAGUCUUCAACUGCGAAAAUACCAGACAGUGAAUUUGGAACCAUUUGCCAUAUUGACUUGCUUUAGUGUAAAGUAUCAGGCCAGUAUGACACUGCCGUUUGUAUGUAUUAAGGGAAAACACAAGUAGGAGGUGGUUUAUAUGUCACCGUUUUCUGUUAGCUUUCCCCCCAGAGUGGUGGAUGCUCGACAUGACUGAUAGCCCUGGUAGAUGAUCUCCAAUACAAAAGUCAUUAUUGAACAGCAGGGCUGCCGCUGUGUGUCUCCCUUUGAUUUAAGUAGUAUAUUUUCAUGAUCUAUAAAGAGGCCAGCUGGAGAGAAAAUGGUUUGCUCUCAAACAUUUAGUGUCUAUAAGCCAUCGCGCUCAUGAUUGGGGAAAUGAUUGCUACCCCUUUACGCCUUUUUCUUUCGUCACGGUCGCAUCCGUUGCGCUGAGCAAAUUGGUAAUAACCGGCUAGAUUAACCCCAAUACAAUGCUGAUUAACAUUAGCUUGCUCGGCUAAAUAAAUUCUGCAGGGAGUGUAAUUGAACUUAUCGGGAAUAUUUAAGCGCGACUGUAAUCUUUCUCCAAUUGUGUGCGCGUUGGGUUGUGUAAAUGCAGUCGCUUAAAAAAAAUGUUAAUCACGCCUUUGUUUUAAGACACAAGCGUGCCAACUGAAAAUGGAAAACU